AUGAAGGAGAGCGACGUCGCCGCCGGCGUGGUCCGCAUAGGCGACAUGGAGGCGGGGGUGUUCAAGGCCUUUCUCGGCUUCAUGUACACCGACUCGCUGCCGGAGAUAGCAAAGAAGGAGGAAGACGCCAUGUACCAGCAUCUCCUUGUGGCCGCGGACGGGUAUAACAUGGAGAGGCUCAAGUUGAUUUGCGAAGACAAGCUGUGCAAGAGAAUUGAUGCGAGCCCUGUGGCCAACGUGUUGGCGUUCGCUGAGCUUCACCACUGCCGUGAUCUCAAGGACGCAUGCUUCGAAUUUCUCGGCACUCCUGCAAAUCUCAGGGAGGCCAUGGCCACUGACGGCUUCGAGCAUCUGAGCACAAGCUGCCCUUCUGUCGUCAAGGAGCUGAUUGCCUUGUGCUCCGCACCUUAGUCCAGUGAGAUACUGAUGGAUGCACUCAUGUGUCUGAACU